CUUGUCAUGUAAGAAAGUGACAGAAGAUUUUGAGAAGUUCAGAGGUUUAAGAAAUGAUUUACUGGCCUGUCAGGGCACGGGUGGCGGCGGCACCAGCACCAUGUCCCUGCAGUACGGGGCGGAGGAGACGCCCCUCGCCGGCAGUUACAGCGCGGCGGAUUCCUUCCCAAAGGAUUUCGGCUACGUUGUGGAGGAGGAGGAAGAGGAGGCGGCAGCCGCGGGCGGCGGGGUUGGGGCGGGGGCCGGAGGAGGCUGUGGCCCCGGGGGCGCUGACAGCUCCAAGCCGAGGAUUCUGCUCAUGGGCCUCCGGCGCAGCGGCAAGUCCUCCAUCCAGAAGGUGGUGUUUCAUAAAAUGUCACCCAAUGAGACCCUCUUUUUGGAAAGUACCAACAAGAUUUACAAAGAUGACAUUUCUAAUAGCUCCUUUGUGAAUUUCCAAAUAUGGGAUUUUCCUGGGCAAAUGGACUUUUUUGACCCAACUUUUGACUAUGAGAUGAUCUUCAGGGGAACAGGAGCGUUGAUAUAUGUCAUUGAUGCACAGGAUCACUACAUGGAGGCUUUAACAAGACUUCACAUUACUGUUUCUAAAGCCUACAAAGUUAACCCAGACAUGAAUUUUGAGGUUUUUAUUCACAAAGUUGAUGGUCUGUCUGAUGAUCACAAAAUAGAAACACAGAGGGACAUUCAUCAAAGGGCCAAUGAUGACCUUACAGAUGCUGGGCUAGAAAAACUCCACCUUAGGUAACAACCUGUGUGCUUGAUAUGGGAGCCCUGAAAAGUGUGUAAAUGUAUUCCCAUCUCUGUCAUUACAAACACGUAGCUCUCUGUUACUGGUAUACCCUUCCCAAAUGUGUAAUGUUUUUGAUCUCUGUUGAAUUCAAGCAGUUUUGGGAGCCUGAUGUUAUUGAGAAGUUAGUUCCCCUGCUUUUUUUGCAUUUUCCCAGAGGUUGAAGUCAUGCAAGGUCUGUUUCUGUAGGUGUGUUUACAAAUUCAUCUCAAGAGACUGGAGUCAGGCUGUUUCCUCAUGGCAUUAAAUCUGCUUUGGGAUUCCCCUUUCUUGGUUUCAUUUUUUUCCCCCCUUCCUUGCCUCAGUUCAAGGAAUCUCACAUUUGUUGUAGAACUCUGUAGCUUGAUCUUUCACAGUAUCUCUCUCAGUAGGAAGAGCUUUUUAAAGAGGGCACAUUUUAAGUGUGGAUUCUAAUGUUUCUUGUUUAUGUUUUUUAAAACACUUUAUGCUUUUAUGAACCUCUAAAAAUUGGGUGAAGUGAUUGUAUCCAUGAAAUCUGCUUAGGGUUGCUAUCAAGUUAACUGCUGAUUUGUAAUUCUCAUUGCAAAAUUAAUAUUAAAGAACACUUACUAGAUAAGCUCAAAAAAAAAAAAAAAAAGAAAUGAUUUACUGGCAUAGGUAUUUCUCUGCUGUUUUGCGGGUGGGAGUGGUAGGGAUGAGGGGGGAAGUGAGAGACUGAAGAAAUGAGGAGGAAAAAUAGCUGUGCUUGAAAAGAACAAAUUUAACAGAUAAAGAGCAAGAAGAAACAGAUGGCUGGAGCGUUUGGUAUUGAAGGUUCUUGUGAUUGCGUGAUUGAUUGAUGACAUAAUCCAGUUGAGGGAUUAAGUCCUACUGCAUACUAGGCACCAGGCCAAGUGCUUUAAAUGCAGUAUCUCAGUCAGUCCUCCCAAGUACCCUGUGAGGUACCCUGUGGGGGGGUGGGGGGCUGUCAGUAAACCUGCUUAGUAGCUAAGAAGACUAAGACUUAAACUAACUUGAGUCACCAACCAAACGUUUGUCUAAAACCUUUGACUCAAAAAUGACAGAGCUGGAACUCAAAUUCCCAUCUGUUGCACUCUAAAAGCUGUGCCCUCGAGUACUCUGCGUCUUGCUUGAGGCAAUGUUAGUAAAUGUUCAACAACUGUUUGCUAAGUUAAUG